AUGGCACAAGACGUGCCAGCAGCCGCUCCAGAAGCGUCAGACCGCCCGGUUGCUGCCACGCCCGAGCUGACCUCGCAGGCGGAAUGGCCCUGGAGAAAGGUGGAGAGCGCUGCCGCUUGUGAGCAGAAAGAGGCGGCAGCUGCCGAGGUGCCGGAGGAUGGGCUUAGCUUUCGCAGAGACCUUUGGGACAAGUUUGAUUACCUGUGGCGAGAGAGGAUCGAGCCUUCUCAGGGUUUGCUGCAAAAGGUGGCGGAUCUUUUAAGAAGUCGAGCAGAGCUGGAAAGAAAGUAUGGCGAGAGCCUCCUCGGCUUUGGCGCAGACAUCCAAGUUGAGCCAGGCAAUCCUCUCCACAGCGCGGUUGAUGCCAUGAUUGUAAAUUUCCGAAACCGGGGGGAGCAGUCUAUCACUCUAGCAGACGAGUUGGAGCAAGACAUCAUUGUUUGCUUUGACACUGUGAUCAAGCAGCACAAAGAGGUCUCGAAGAAGAUCCAGUCUGACGUGCAGCUCGUGCUGAAAUAUGCCCAGGAUAGGCGCAAGGCGCACGACAAGCUGGCGAGAAGGUAUGGCUCUCGAUGCGCUGAGGCCGAGUAUUUGGCGCAGGACUGCCUCCAAGCAGUUUCGAUGAAGACAGCUGACCGGAUGAAGCUGGCACAACAAGCCACGGUUCUCAGCAAGCAAGCUCGUGUGGCCGAAUACGAAACGCGGCUGAAUUUGGAGAAGCUUCAAGAAUUCAAGCUGCUGGGCUGGAAUGAGUUGAGCCCUGAACUCCUGGCAGAGGAUGAGCUACGCCUGACUGACUUCCAAGAUCCUCAUGGAGGAGAUCACCAAGUGUCCGUAAGCCUUUGCACGCUUGGCUUGCCCAGCAUGAAUCUAGGUGCAUUUUACGGAGACUUUGAGUCAAGCUCGGGUGGCCGAGAUAGCUCAGGUACUCCAUCAGGCACGCUUGGAAUGUUUAUGGCAGGUUGCGGCUUGACAGAUGCCAGCGGUGAGGCGCUGGGACAACUCCUGAAGGUCUCUGAGAGGCUUCGCAGAUUAUCUUUGAACAACAACAGACUAGGCUGCACGGCGGCAGCCUGCUUGUCUUCCGGUCUCCAACGCAACGACUUCCUGUGCGACCUCAAUCUCCGGCAGAACGUUAUUGCAGACAAAGGCUGCUGCGCACUUGCCAAAGCACUGGAGGUCAAUCCUUUCGUCCUAGAGACAUUGGAUGUGUCCGAGAAUCACUUUGCGGAAGCUGGGCAAUUGGCGCUUGAGGCUGGCUUUCAUGCUAGCAGCUCGUUGGCCAAGCUGCAUUUGGGUCGUCAGGGAGGAAGACAGACGGUCUUGGAGAAGUCGCCAGCAGCUGCCGUGGGCUUGGAAGGAGCCGCGCCGCUGCCCCAACCUGUUUGUCCUGGCUUCGAGUUCGUUGUGCAUUGCCACAGCUUGGGUGCGGAGAUAUGCGCAACAGCAGACGUCCCGGGCAACCUGGACAAGCCUGCAGGCACGCUUGUGGAUAUGCAACAGGACGACAAGGAUUUGGAUUUGGUCUUCUCCGUGCCGCGGCUGGCAUCAGACGACGUCACUAACGUCUCUCUGUCAGCCACAAGCCUGAAGAUCACUACACAGAACAAGACACUGGUUAACGUGCAGCUGCCCCUGAGUUUGGCCACGCCUGGAGAAGUGAAUGCCUUGCAGAUUCCACGGCGCCAAGCUGGCAAGAAUAUGGAAUACAUGGGACGACGAACCUGGAAGGGGCAAGAGCGUGCCAACAGGGCACAGAGGCUGUACGACCAGCAGAUGUCUCACGUCCUGGAGGUCCUGCAGGACAUGGAGGACAAGCGAGGGCGCUGCCUCCGAGAUGGCCUCAGAAAGCUUGCGGUCUACGAGACCUCGUGGCUGCGGAACAUGCAGUACGAUCUCGAGGGAGCCGCCAAGGCUGCUGAGGACUGUGAUGCGGCCACGGCCCCAUAG